CAGCGACGCCGGAGGGAUGCAAGAACCGGAGGAGGAGAGCGAUGUGGAGUUUCUACUGUAUUGAGCCACGAGGAAAUGACUCCGUGAAAGAAGGGCCAACAGAAGAAAAGAGCUUUGAAGGGGGGGGGGGGGGUGGCGGCAAUAAAACCAAGGAAGUGAGAGCCACAAAAACCGAAUGACGCAGGGUGUGAUGGAGAGCCAAGCAGGUCCGGUCCAUAACUUGGCCGUCCUUCCUGUUGUGGGCCCGAAGGACAAAGCGCUUGGACAGGUCGAACAGCCAAUGUGAUAAACACAAAACUGAAGGACAGGUUGUCUCCGCCCCCUGUUUUACUCGCUCCCAUUCUUACGCAAAGAAUGGAAAGGAAAAGCAACAGAACACACAUAGCAGUGUGACGAAUAUUUAUGCAGCUGCACAUAUUUAUUUUUCUACCCAUAGAAGAUAAAGGACUGGCUUUUGACUUUACAUCACCUUUACCUGUGAAAAUGACUUUCCCUUGGGUUAAAGACAAGGGAUAACCGGUGUGUGACCCCCCCCCCCCCCCCACAGACACACAUAACAAGAUACCGGAUAACAAGACACCAGUUAUCCGGUAUGACAGUUUGAUGAAACUCCAGAUCUAUUACUGCAUUGAUAAAGAAAAGGCCGAUGGAAAAUCAAUGUCCUCGGUGAUGCACUGAUACGAACGGGCCUUCUGCGACACUUCGGACUGCCCGCAGAGUUGUUGGAUGUUGGGGCGAGAGUGAGAGGAAAGAGAAAUGGUGAGCAAAGAGCCCAACAACUUGCUGACGGGCCAAACCAACAGCAAGAGUCCCCUGGCGGAAAAGUCCGGGACAAUGACCGUGCGUUCGGUGCUGCUCAAUCGUGACUCCCCUGAUAUUGAGAGUCGCCUGAGGCGGCGUCGCAAUCGCACCCACCAGGUCCGCUUUAAAGACCUGGAGGAUGGCAGCAGCAGCAGCGGCAAUAGCGGCACGGGAGAGAACAGCACCAACCAGAGGCCGACAGCGGACUGCAAUAGUCCUCAUCCGUUGCGCAAACACAGCAGCAGGUCCCCCAAGGGACCGUGGGGGGACAGGGAUGGACCACCAACUGACAGCCUACCUGGUCAGACCUCUGUGGUGGGGGCGGUGCGUGGGGACAUGGCUAGUACAAUAGAGGUGGUGGCUGCUUUUUUAGCCAGGGCGCCUCCUCAUCCAUUGACACCAGGGCCUGCGCGCCGAUGCUGGACACCACCGCAGACAAACUCCCUGACCUUGCCAAUGACGCGCAAGCCAAGCACCAGCACAGCCAUCCAGACGUCACCAUGCCUGAAAAAGUCUCUCUCCUCCACGCACACGCGUAGCCAAAGCCUGGGAGAUUCCUUGGGCGUAGAUGGCGAUGAUGAACGUGACUCCCAGGAUGAGUACCUUUCGCACAACCACGUGGCGCUUCCGAGCUCCAAAGAUCUGAACGGUCCUCAAGGUCCCGCGGAUCGAUCCGUGAUUGAACGGAGAUUGAAAACCUCCAGGGCGGAAAUGAAAUCAACUGUUGCUGCCACAAAAAACUCCAGGCACAGUUGUCCUCCAUCAGUCUUUCACAACACUGAGCAGUUCCACUGUUCCACCGUAUCCUGCAGAGACGGCCCCAAGCGACAGGGAAGCGUCACUCCCUCGCUGGUCAGGAGGAGAAAGCGUCUGAAUAGGACAACGAGCGAUCCUGGAAAAGACGUGCAAUACUGCACCACUCCUACUCAGACCGAGAGCCCUCAUUUAACCCUACCGCAUUCAACCACCAGACUUUGCGCUGUGCGAGUUCAAACAGAGUGCACUUCUGCCAGUUCAAAACAUUGCACUACACAAAGUCAAACGGAGGGUAAACAACAAACUUCAGUCCAGAUUAUAAAUAGCAACUCCGAUUCGACCCUCUCUUUAAAUGCUACGCAGCGUACCACUCAGAACCAAACAGACCCUCCCUUGCCUUCGCCUCCAGACCAUCAACCGUCCCAGACACAAACAUCCAGCCACUGCGCUUCUCCACCUCCGCUUGAAUCACCAAACGCAGAAAAAUUUCAAGAUGAGUGUCCAGUACGGCCAAAUGUGAUACAGGAGCCUCCCCGGACGCAAAUAACUACUGUGCCUUACUGUACAUCUCCGUCUCCGACACGUGCGCCAACACAGAACUGUGAACAAUGCUCUCCGCCAACUUGCACCUCGUCGAUCGAGCCAGCUAGCGUCCCCCCGCCUCCUUCUGCGGCCCCGCCCGUUUCUUGCGCUGCCUCCACUGUGAACCCGCUCCCCGCCCCGUACUAUACUCACGUGACACCGUCAGCAUCUACCAGUGCAGCACUCGUCCGGGCCACUCCAUCGCCAGGAGCACCAGCAUGCCCAACUGCAAACCGCACCUCCCCAGUGCCAAACAUGGCGUCACCAAUUGCACUCACCCGUCUCGCCGCUAGUCCUGCAAAUAACCCGGGUGUGGUUCCAUGUGACCCCAUUCACCAAACAGCUACUCAACCACAGCCACCAAAUACCUAUCAGGCCACAAAUCAAACACCAUGCACAAUGGUGACACAAACUGCUUUGUCUUGCACUUCCAUCUCCUAUUACACCACAACCCACGCAGCGGGCCCUCUCCACAAUCCUGCUACCCCUUCGUGCGCGACCCUCAUCCAAACCAUAGCUCACUGCAACAUUCCAUGUCAAGCUUUGCAAAACUCCUCCUCGGUCAGCAUCGGCGUAGCACCCUACUCCUCUCAAGUCCCCAAACUGAAUACAUGCACGUCGACGUCGCAACUUGUCAAUCUUCCGAACCCGAACCAUUCCGCGACACCGACAAAAGCCGUUCCUCUUUACUCGUUUCGAGCAGCGCCGCCAUACACCCCUCCCUCUCAGGCCACCUUGAAUGCUCAGGAUAAGAGGGGCAUUCGACUCCCACCUCCUGCACCGCCGCCACCUCCCUACACACCGCGUAAAAAGGGAAACGACCCGCCGGGAGCUGCGGCGCGAGCACCCGGCGAGAGCAAGCCCAAAGACGAUAAAGACGAAGAGAAUGAGAAGAAAGAAACGGUAAAAUGCACAGACACGCCAAAGCUCUGUGAGCGGGCCAGCUCUCUUAAGCACAGGGCGAAAACUCCGCCAGUUUGUGUGGUGAAGGCGGAAAAGCCGUCCUCUCCCGCCAAGGCCUGUUUUAAGCCCAGCUGUCUAAGCUCAGCCCAGGCUCAGCUUGGGGUACUACACAAAAUGCUCUGCGCAGGAGCCAACGCUCCCAACAGCCAACACACUCUCCCUCCAAACCAGCAGGGCUGCUCCGGGCCCAAAGGUUGCGAAGUUUCCGGCGAGAAGCCUCUGACUCCGAUCCAGGCUGACACGCUCAGGCAGGUGCAGGAGAUUCUGGGUGGGUUAGUGUCCGGGGCUAAGUGUAAGUUGGACCCGGCCCGGGUGACGGAGAAGCUCCUGGGUCCCAAUGGGCCCUUGCGGGACAUUCGCAGCCUGCAGAACCAUCUCCACAGCCUAGAGGGAGUCCUGGAGACCAGCCAGAAUACCAUCAAAAUCCUGCUAGAUGUCAUUCAAGAUUUGGAGAAGAAGGAAGCUGAGCGAGAUGGAAGACAUUCAUACCGAACCGGUCAGGACAUUGAGAACUGUGGGACUUGCAGGGACUGCGCCUGCAUCAUUUACAGCGUAGAGCACGACUUUCGUCUUCAGGAAGGCCAGGUGGUCCGCACGUGGAAGGUGGGCGACCCUCCCGAGGGCUCGCCCCAGACCUCAACCCCUCCGUCCGGCACGCCCAGCCAACAGGACUCCCCCCAGGCCGUGCGCCCCACCGCGACCACCAAGAAGAACAGGAAGAAAUGCUUUUGGUUCCUCUGAAAAAAAAAAAAAAAAAAAAAAAAAAAAACACACACAAAAAAAAACCAACAACUUUUGCUACUGCAAUACCCCCGCAGACGGGCGAUUUCAUGAGCAACCUGGAGAAUUUUAACAUGCAAAUACACAAAAGAAAAACUGUGGGAGUACGAGACGCAGAGGUUGAGAUUUGAGCGCCUUUUUGUUGGAGGUGAUGACAAUGCCUUGAUGUGCUUUUAGAGCUCUCCAAAAAGGCCUCUUCAGCUUUGUUAUGGCGCCGGACGGUCGCUUCAAGUGCAAUAUGACUAAGCAAUGAUGAGAUGUAAAGAGAAUAAAUACAGAUAAUAUACACCACUCACAGAAAGUUAGGCAUCGCCAUCUUUCGGGUGAAAUUUCAGGAUGAACUUAGCGCUGGACUUAAUUUAACCUUUCGCUAAACAUUUAACUGCACGUGUUCAACUGUUGUGCACAACUUGCUGUCCUCUAACAAGGAUUAAUAUUAAUGAAUGAAAUAAUUAGUGAAAUAAUGAUGUCAAAAUGUGAACAGCACGAUUAAGCAAACUGUUUAAUGACUGACCGAACAAGGAAACGUUUUGGUUUACAUGCAGAUUAAAAACCACGUGUUAAUUUUGUCUUUCAGCUCCUUGUUGGAGGACAGCAGGUUGUACAAAACGUACUGAAACGUUGACCACAUAGACACAAGCACUCAAAAGUUUAAAGAAGGUCAAAUUGUCGUACCAGGGCGGAGACAAAUUCUUGUGUGUUUUUACAUACUUGGCCAUUAAAGCUGAUUCUUAUUCAGUGGACUUGGAAAGGUUCAAAUUAAGUGCAUUUUAGGUUCAUACUGAAAUAUCACAGAAAAGAAACCCCUCGCUUUCUUUGAGUAGUCUAUAAACACAUAUAUAAAGUAUAUAUAUAUAUAUAUAUAUAUAUAUAUAUAUAUAUAUAAGAUCAAAAGGAGCUGUUUUAUGACAGUAAGAGAUUUUGGAGUCAUCGUCAUUAAUGGACUAAUGAGGGUCAGAACACCAGCUUUUAUACUCAGAGACAUUUCAAGACACCAUCAAAUACUUGUAUUUAAAAUAUUGAAAAGGUAAAUCUUUUACUGUUAUAAUUGUGGAAGAAACCAUUACACAUUUCCACACGUGCAAACACUUACCCGUCCCACACACGUUUCCCCCCACACAUAUAUAUAAGCGAACUACAUUUACAUUAAACAGUACAGUAUAUAAGAGACUUCUGUGCAUAUUCUGCCAUAAUGUUAUAUUUCAGAUAUGGAAUAAUGCUCUAUUAAAAAAAAAAAAAAAGUAUUUUACCACAGCUGCUUGGAGUGUGAGCUCAUUUCGGACGACUCAAUUUAUUUGGUUGGAGACUGAGGGCACCGCUGUCGAAAAGUGGAGA